UUCUAAUAUGUCACUAAUAGGAGUUAUUUUCAUUUGAGGUUAUUGUAGUCUUCAUUUUACAUUAAUUUUAUAGUGAAAUCAAAAUGAAUGGGCAACUGUUAAAGGUGUUAAGCCCUUUAGUUUCGACAGUUAGAGCUAAAGGAUAUAAAGCACCAGGUGGGAUUCGAUACCCAGGAGGCAUCGUGUACUACCCAAGAUAUCCCGACCACAAAGAUCCUGAAUAUACCCCAACUAAGUUAUUUAGAGUUGAACGAAUCAAACCCAGUAAACACCAGCCGCAUUACCUCAAAUCAAUACUUCGGGAAUUCAACAUUUUGGAGGAAUGUGAAAAUCAUGUUACAGUAGUAAAAAAUAUUCCCGAAAUAAACAUGAGACUAUGGAAAAUUAAACAUUUGAUAAAAAUUACACCCAUUGUUUUUCCAUAUGGAGAACCAACUAAAGAUGACAUAAACUACACAGUUCUGAAGGAAAAUGGUCAAUGCAUUGUCACAAAGACAAUUGGUCCGAAGCCAGAACAAAUUGAAGCUCUAGAACAAUUUGAAAAAAGUGAGAAGAAAAUGGAUUCUGACACAUUGAAAAAAGAUUCAAGAUAUAAAUGGAAUAAUGCAUUUAAUGGAGGAUUCUAAGUAUAUUGCAAUGUAGAUUAGUGUUUAGUGUAUUAAAUAAAUGUUAUGUAUUAA